AAACAAGAUAUGAGAGGACAGAUACUGACAGGAGAGGAGAAACAGGGACUGCAGACAGACCAAAACUCCUCCACAGGAAAGUUUGAGUUGUCUUUUUUUCGGAAUGAAGUUGGGUGAUGUGUGACUUUUUACUGCGCUGAUACUCUACAGGAUUCUUUUACCAGUAGGAUCAUCCCUGACGACGUGGUUUGGCAUUCAUCUACCUCCACGGCUCCUGUUUGGAAUCCGUGAGAUCUAUCAUCAUCCCUCCAACAUGAGCGAUGACAGAGACAGACAGAGGCCCGAAAGGAGCCACAGCCACAGCCACAGACCUAAACAGGCCCAAAACGUCAAACCCAAACCGAGCCAGAACAAAAAGGCGGACCACUGGAAGAACGAGAAGCCGGCCAAAGUGAGGAGAUCCAGGAGCAAUGACUCGGAGAGGGCGGAGAGAGGCCGGAAGAGAGAACGAGACCGUCGCCAGGGAGAGAGGAGGCAGAGGGGCAGGAGUGAGGAGGCCCGGAGGAGAGACAGGAGAGAGGGGGAGAGUGACCGGAGGAAGGUGAGGCCCCCUGAGGACGAUGUGGAGGAGACAGAGUGUGCCGUGUGUUUCUGCACAUAUGAUAACGUCUUCAAGACCCCAAAGCUGCUUGCAUGCGGGCACACCUUCUGCUUGGAGUGCCUGGCUCGCAUCAAUGUCACAUCGCCUGAGCUCAAGACCCUCACCUGCCCCGUUUGUCGAGAGCUGACCGAGCUCCCCCACGGCCAGGACCUCCCCCGGCUGGGCAACAACCAGGACAUUAUCGGCAAACUGCCACCAGACAUGCAGAGGGCGUUGUCCAUCAGAUUCAAGCGCAGCAAGGGCAAACUCCUCCUGAAGAACCCUCCUCCCAGCAGUCUCAUCAGGCCUGGCAUCCUCAACCUGCCCAAAAAUAAUCCGGACACUCCCAUGACAGCAGGCGGGGACCUACACCUGGACACAAUGGAGCAGGGAAUAACCCAAGCCACAGUGGUGGACGUAGGCAGGCCUCCAAACAGAGUCAGAGGUCGCCUGCGCAGGUUGUUCCGCUCAGAUCAGUGCUACUACGCCGUGGUGGCGUCCAUCGUCACCGUCACUGUGGUGCUCAUGCUGCUGGGGAUUCUGGCCUUUGUGAUCAUACCCAACGUUGUCCGCCAGAGGCCCCAGGGCCCAGCAGGGAACCAGACAGGAAGUGGUCCAGGGGAACGUCCCUGAACACAACACAAAUGGAUGGACUGCAGAGAUGAGACUUGAGUUAAAGGAAUAUUAAACACAGAAGUUACUGUGUUACUCUUCGGUGAGCCUCGGUGAGUUAAGGUGAAGUAAUAAAGCACUCGGACACAUUCAAGCAGGCUCACUGUGAAGAAAUGAAGGGAAACAAGGACGACAACAUUUUUUUAAAACAAAGGACACACAGGUCUAAAGCUGAACAUGAAGGAAACGGAGGUUAUUAUUAUUAUUUUUAAAACAAGUCUGUGAUUACUGUGAAAGUAGUAUCUGUAAAAGACAAAACUGAUUGAUAAGCUGUACACUUUUAAAUGCACUAAACUCUGUAUACUUAAGUAUUUAGGCUGAUUACCAAAACAAGUUCAGGGUUUCUAGUUCAUCCAAAGUAUAUAAGACCAACACGUUGUACAUAGCCAGAGAUGAUUUAUAUAUAUAUAUGUACAUAGUUUCUCUUUGUCCUCAUAUGAAUGUUUUCCCUUUUAUUGAAUAAAGUGAUUUUUGAUAUCCAGCUCCGUUUGUAAAACACAUGAUGCCAAUACUUUUUCUACAAUCUAGUCAGGAAUUUUUAAAGCUCCUGUGAGGAACUUUUACGACGUGUUUCAUUGGAGUGUCCCCCUGUGGGCAAUGAGCAGUACGUCUUAUCUCUUUGUUUAUCUCGUCCUGGACAUGUGUCAGUCGUUUUUUUUUCCAACAACAAAACAACCCCAUCUCGCUUUGCUUUGUCAGGAAAAUAUAUCAAUUACAGAGAAUCUUUGCUGUGGAAAACGUAAAUGUGGCAGUGUUGUGUUGAUCACUUCGUCUUACACCUAUACCCUGCCGCAGCGUUUUCAGGCUUUAAAAAUGAAUCUUUAAGAAAUAAUCAAUCUUCAUGCUGAUGGCCUGGUUUGCUUUUGUAGCUCAUAUAGAGGCAUUAAUAUUCAUUUCAGUUUCAUAACCAGCUAACAACUCUUCAAAGGAGCUUUAAAUGAUGAGUAACAAUGCCCCACUUAUUUGUCAACGGCUCAGCCUUCCCUAUCUGUUUACAGUACAUCGGGGACUUCCUGUUCAUUUAGCUGACACGUGUGUCCUCUGCUGAGUCUGCUUUGAGACCUUUCAGAAACCUGCAUGUCUUCUUCGGACACCUGAUACCCUCUAGUGGUGUAAACAGACCAGUUAACAGGGAGGCUUGUGUUUACCGAAUGUCGACUUUAGUUUGCCUCUCAGCUCUUUAUGCAGACAAACCUGUUUGACAGCUCGAGUGACUUUACCUUUAUCGUGUUUAACCCCCCCGCCCUCCGGCCCGGCCCACUCAGAUAAGAGUUCAUCUCUGAGUUCUGACAAUGAGACCAGAUAUCUGAUUCUUCCAAACUGAAUGACAUAAGAAGUCUUUUGGUGUAUAUGUUACAUUUCUGACUAUGAGGUUAAAUGUUGCAUUUCUAUGUAAAAGUAGGUGCUUGUAUUAUGCAAUAACUCUUAUUUAACUCUGACAAAUGUAGACUUUUACACUGACCCCAAAGACAGCAAGGGAGAGAAGUGAAAGUUCAUUUACUCAAGAUCAAAUUUUGAAUAUCUUUAUUUUAUGCAGCUCCUUGUUUUUCUUCCUGCAGUUCAGAGGGAGAUAUUGUACUUGUGAUUCUGGAGAUACAUAUUACCAAGAAAGUCUAUUAUAAGCUUAGAAAUAGUUUAGAUCCUUAAUACCUUAAUGUGAAAGUGCUCACAGUCCUGAAUCUGUGAAAGUAAAGAGCAUCCUACUAAGCUUGUAAAACUUACUAAUUUUGCAGAAACAACUGAGUCCAUAUUAUGAGAGUGUUGCUAGGGAUGCAGCAGUGAAUAAGAAGCACUUUACUGCUACAGCUGGACCAGGUGCUGCAAGUUUCAUGGACUUGAGGUGAAGUUAGAGAGGUCAGUGCUUCUCACCAAAGGGUUGGGAGAUGAGAGAUUGAAUAUAAGACGAACAAGCGGUUGUAUUUGUAUGUUUCUGUGCUUUUGGGGACAGAAGUGCAUGAAACAUUUCACUGUGAAAUCUCUGCCAUCAGUCCACUUAUGGACUAAGUUGAGCUUGUAAAAUAUGAUGCAAGCAUCAAUAAUGUUGCACUAAUUAAUACAGUGGAUGUAUACAUGCACCAUAACACUCUAAAUGGGUUAUUUUGUUCAAAGGAACCUUAUGUUUGAUGCUUAAACACUAUUUGCUGGAUUAACUUCUUAACUUAAAUAAAGGAUUCUAACUUUUCCUCUCAUUGCAUAAAGACACACCCUCACGAGCCCCCUUCCUGGACUAUCGAGGCAAAUAUGGUCAGGUGGACUUGAGCAGAGGAGAGAGAGCCCCCUCCUCUAAUCCACUUCUUACGCACAUUAACCUUUAUGCGUUAUGUGACUGCUUUGGACAGAAGAGGAGCAUUUGAAACCCUGAACGGGUGAGAGAAAAAAAAGGGACGGAGAUCUGUUGUGAAUAUUUUGUGCCAUUAUGGCUUCCACCCCCUCUGCCUCGGCCUUGUCUGCUGUUCUCCGGUGUCGCGGGAAUAUCUGGGCCAGGAAUCCGCCGACCAAGCGGCCUGCUACCUCGGCGUACAGCCUCGGACUGGCCGGCGGCGUGGUGCGCGACUUUCCAGCUGAGCGCAGCCGCACAAACCAGGCGCUGUCGUGGGAAUCUUUUGUCCAAGGAGAGCGUGGUGAUGAGGGAAGAAGACUGACUGUAGCGUUCGAGUCUCCUCUGGUUAAUGUUAAAGUGCAGAAAGGAAAAAAAUCAAGGGACAUGAAUAAAUUAUAUCAUCCAAAACUUUCGCAAUCUUCAGAGCACGCGCGCUCAGCUGUGCCUGGUGUCCAAAACGCGCUCGUGCGUCAGCUGGCACGCUUACUGACACCUAACCUGCCCGGGAUAGAUAAAUGCUCUAAAAUUAUUCGAAUGAUAAAAUAUGAAACCAAUGCUGCACAUAUCUGUAAAAUAGUUUUUGUUCAAGAAACCAGUGAAUUCCCAGCUGGAGUUUUUAAAGUGUCCAUGACAUCUCCGUGUUUGAUGGAAAAGACGGUACAAAUACCAUCUUACGUGUUAUCUGGCUGGUCCACACUGAAGAGCACGUGCUUGUCUUUGACUGCUCUUGUGUCGCAGUUUAUGUUUUUGAAGCUGGUUUGUGGGUCGAGCAGCAGCAGCCCUGGUGAUGCUCCUCAGCACCCCCAGAGCCAACAGGAGGGGAAAAACAGCAGAAACAAUACUCUGCAGGUAAAUGGAAAAACACCCACUCAGAACAACAGAGGAUCUGGACAGACGAACACAGAGGACAGACCUGACUGAGAGUCCAAGGCCUCAGCACAGAAAAAAACACGCACUGUGUUCUUACCUUAUUUAUUGACUUUUACAGAACACAAGCAACAUUUGGACUUCAACCCCUGCCGUAAAAGAAAAACCAAAAUGGAAGAUUUAUGCACUUUUUUCCUUUAGUACAUGAGGAAAAGUCAGCAAGACUGUAACAAUAAAUACCUAUGCAAAGUAAGAAUAAAACACCUGCAUUGUU